AUGGCCUCCUUGAGCACAGUCUCUGUGCCUAUCCACGGGAACUAUCGCCACUAUCACGGCUACUUGUACUGUCAUGCUGGCCCUUCUGACUCUCGGCUUGCUUUACUUCCGCCUGGUCUACUUACGAGCGCGCGGGUCCUCGAUAUCGGUUGCAAUGAAGGCGUCGUGACCUGUGAGAUAGCUCAAUCUUAUGGCGCAGAACUCGUAGUCGGAGUCGAUAUCGAUGAAGCCCUCGUGCGUAUGGCCUGGAAACGGCGACGAAAUGUGUGGAGCUCGCAACAGCCUGAACAGACAGAUUCGCGUGCGAUAACCUUGUCGCCGAGAUCUACAGCGGGCUACUUUCCAGAAUCGUGUGCACAUAUGUUCGGUCCUUUACCCAUUCCUCCUCAGCAAUCGCCUCCUGCGGCAUCACAUUUUCCCCACAACGUUGCGUUUCGCUGUGCCGACUGGGUCAAUACUCGCAUUCAGGAGGACGAUAACCUUUACGAUGUGUGCAUCGCAUUCUCGAUAACCAAAUGGAUACAUCUCAAUAAUGGAGACGAAGGCAUCAAAACCUUUUUCCAGCGUAUCUAUGAUACUCUCGUUCCGGGUGGUGCCUUUGUACUUGAACCCCAGCCUUGGGACUCGUAUGCCAAAGCCCGGAAACUACAUCCGACACUUCACCGCAACGCUCAGGGCCUCAUGCUUCGACCUGAAAACUUUGGAGUGUUGCUAGAAGAGAUGGGCUUCCGUCGAGGUCGGCGGUUAGGCGUACCAGGAGAAGGCCGUUUCAAGCGGCCGAUUGAGAUAUACAUGAAGCAGGGCUAG